AUGAGUUAUCAGGACAACCUUGUUGCUCAUAGUGCCCAACCUGAGUUAUUGAGUACAACUUCUGUGGUGCUGGACCAAGAUUGUCUGAGACCUGGUGUUGGCGCAACUGGACAAGGAAGGGGCUACACCACUUCGAAGAAACACAAGUGUCUCUACUGUCCCUACACCACUAACCAGCACUCUCAUUUGACAGCACAUUACCGCACACACACGGGGGAGAAACCUUUUUCAUGCCCAUACUGCAACCACCAUUCAAUGACUACUAGUGAUUUAAAUAAACAUAUCAGGAUCCAUACAGGAGAAAAACCAUUUGCCUGUCCACAUUGUUCCUAUCGCUCCACACAAAAUAGCAGUUUAAAAUCACAUCUUCGUACACACAGGGAAAAACCUUGA